AUGCCUAUCCAAUCAAGAUGGUCUACCCCGACGCCUCAAAUAUCUCUACCUACCUGGGUCUUUGGAAGCGAACAGUAUGGCCCACGCAAUGAAAAGAUCGCGUUUGUGGAUGCCGAUGACCCAAACAAUACCUUGACAAUUUGGGAGUUCGAGAUAUACUCCAAACGCUUGGCAGUAGGUCUCCGUCGUCUGGGCGUUAAGCCAGGCGAUAGAGUCUUGGAGUUCUUUGAGAAUGGAAUCUUUGCCCCAUGUCUGUUCUUCGGCAUCAUUAUGGCGGGUGCCAUCUAUACAGGCGCGAGUUCUUCAAGCACGUCUUUAGAACUCAGCUACCAGCUGAAAGAUAGCGGUGUUGUUGGUACUAACGUCCAGGGAUAUGAAGUCCCAAGAGCUUAUGUCGUGAGGCGCCCUAGCUCAUGUCUUACUGCUCACAAUAUAAUGAGUUGGAUGGAAAUUAAGGUUGCAAGCUAUAAGCGUCUCGAAGGUGGCAUAGUCUUUGUCAAUGAUAUUCCCCGAACUCAGUUAAAUUAA